AGCAUCGUGACUAUCGGAGAGUUGAUCUACGUCGUAGGAAUGCCACCUCACCAUCUGGCAUGUAUCAUUGUGAUAUUGCAACUGUUGAUGUCCAUGAUAACACAACCACUCAAUUGACCCGAAGCAGGGUGUAUGUUGGAUUGUAUGCCAAUGGAGGAGAUGUGUCUAUAUCUGGUGGUGUUAUGCUGAAUGUGGACUUUGAUGGAGCCAGUCCUCAGUUUAGCCUCUCCUGUAUCUCCACUGGUGGACCUGCUACCACUGUCACUUGGACCAGAGACUCCACCACUGUCACCCAUGGAACUGAGACUGUUUUAGUCAAUGCAACCACGGCAGAGUACAUCCAUACACUGAAUGUGACUGGGAGAAUGGAAGGAAGGUACACAUGUACUGUGGCUAACAACAAACCAUCAAACGGAUCAGCAUCUCGUGAUUUUCCUGGCCAGCCAAUAAUAUUUCUCGUGGGAAAAUCCCCCAACUCUCUUAACUUUACUUCGAAUGUUUCAAACACCACAGAUGCUAUUACUUAUACAGUUGAAUGGCAGAAGAUAGGCUGUUUAGCUGAAAAUCGAGAGAACAAUGGCUCUAUUACCACCAAUGAUACAAGUUGCAGUAUAACAGGACUAGAGGAGGGCAGUAGGUACAACAUUACUGUAACUGCAGGGGGACUGAGUGACACUGUAUUAGCUGUGACUACAUUGAAAGGUUAAUACUAGAAAAUUACGUUGCCAUUAUGCUAUUACCAAAUGUGUGUGUUUAUUUCUGCAGCUCCAUCUGCUGCUCCAAAUGUGAGCAAGACUUUUGCGACUUCCUACUCCAUCACUAUCAAUUGGGAGUUGGUGCCUUGUGAACAUCAGAAUGGAGAUAUUGCUGGCUACACAGUGAGAUAUGGAGAGAUGGGGAACAACAUGACAGACACGACUGUGCUGAAUAUUACUGGAGCCAGUGUAACUGAGGCUACCAUCUCUAACCUGACCCUAUCUACUAACUACACAAUUCAAGUUGCAGCAGUCAACAGAGCUGGUACUGGAGUGUUCAGUAAUGCCACUCUCGUAAAGACUAUCGAUGAAAGUAAGUUAUUAUUAUACCUAGGUUUAUAAAACAGAAAUAUGCGAA